AUGGAAGAUGAAGAGGAGCUGUCAUCAUCUUCCUCCUCCUUGGGUUACCUGAUGCAGUGUAGGAUCUGCCAUGAGGAAGAGGACGAAGGGCGCGCGACCAUGGAGUCUCCUUGUGGAUGCUUCGGCUCUCUCAAGUAUGCUCACAGGGGAUGUGUGCAGAGAUGGUGUGAUGAGAAGGGGAGUACCCUCUGUGAGAUUUGCCUUCAGAAUUUCGAGCCAGGCUACACAAUGCCUCCAAAGAAAACUCCGGUGGUUGAAACGGUGGUCACUAUCAGUGAACAUGAGGGCAUGCAAUCUUUGGAAUCUCCUGUGGGCUUGAUUGACGGUGAAGAUUACAGCAGGUUCUCCUACACCGCAGAUCAAUGCGCCACAUGGUGUCGGUCGAUGGCGAUCACGUUCACCAUUAUGCUGUUGGCAUGGCAUCUGGUUGCAGUGGUGACGGUUGAAGCAGCAGAUCACUGCAAGUUCAGUCUCCUGACAAUGUACUUACUUCGUGCUGCUGGUAUCCUGCUGCCGCUCUACGUUGUUAUGCGACUGAUUCGCAUCGUCCAGAGUGGUCAGAGGCAGUAUCGUUUGCAGCUGCUGGAGGACCAAAGAAGAAAUGCAUCAACUAUAUGA